GUCUGCGAACACCCACCACGACCACGACUGUACCAUGUCUGCGAACAUCCUUGACCCGUCUGCUCUCAUCCAGGCCAUCCCGUCUAAGCUUCCCCAUACCAAAACGCGUCUCGAAUCGCCACAAGAUGGGAUCGCUGUACUCCUGCAUACCGCCCUGUCUGCACUCGGCUUCCGUCUGAUCGCUGUUGACGAGAACUCUCCGGCGCGCACCUUCGAUAACAGCGUGCUUCCCGAAGAGUGGAACCAACAUGGCCCAGGACACUACACAUUCAGGUACAAACAUGAGCAGAGCAGUCUUGAAUUUGUCGUCAAAGUAGGGAAACUCGGGUCGCGUACCAUGAUCAACUCCAUUGCGCUUGAGAGCGACAAAGCCGCCACACUUGACAUCUCUACCAAUGACUUCGUCUCGCCAUCAUUCUUCCCUCACGACUUGUCUGCUACGGAUGCUCAGCCUCUCAUCCAUGGCUUCAUCUCGUCCAAUCGAGUAGCGGAUCUCAUAUCCCAAUUCCAACUCACGACCAUCCAGAAGCUGAUCCCCGGCCUACGCAAGGAAGGCUAUACUGAGUCGGAGGAUGUUUCGUCCAAUGCGAGUGGUAGCAGGCCAAGACCUGACGCCCCCCCUCGUGCUCACCCUCCGGUGUAUGUGCCGCCGAAUGCUCCAGUUCGCUCGCCACUGGUCGUUCCUCCUCGGAAUCCUUUUGAGAUCGGUAGACGAGACCUUGAUCCACUGCCUCGCAACCCAUUCCAGCCUCCGUCUCUGUUCCCCAACAACGGAGACGAUGGGAUGUUUGUUGGGCCGAACCACCCUAUAUUUGGACAGGGCAUGAGAGGACAAGGCCCUGGUGGACGGGGGCCUUGGGGUGGCGAUGGCUUCUUGCCACCGAUGGGAGCGCCUCCGGGUGCACGUUUUGACCCUAUUGGACCUGGCCCACUUCCUAUGCCCGGCAGGGGUCCUUUCCCUGGCAUGCCUGGCUCCGGGAACAUGCGUGACCCUGACAAUGACGACUUCAUGCCCCCUGGCGCGGGAGAUAUGUUCAUGUAAGAUGUAGGAAGAUGACAAUAUUAGGCAGUUGGAUUGGAGAUUGUGUACGCACGUGUAUAUGUAUGACUAUGAACGGUGGCGCGUUAUGAGAUCUGUGUGCCAUCACUGCUACGUGGCGGUCUCAUCAAAUGUAACAUCGCCAUUUAUUGUGCUGUGUCCGGGACCAUUCCCGCGGUCAAACAUUGGCCAAGCACGAGGAACAAUAGGACAAAGCGUGUGGCUUUCUUGUGUACAUGUGAGGUCAGACUGCCCGCCUAUAAAAGCUGUUCUUCUGCAGC